AAUGCUGCGAUCAGUUUGGCUACCGGCGGACUUGUUCAGAUGGCGAAGACUGGCGCACAAGUUGGGUGGGGAAUUCUUUGGUUCCUGGUAAUGCUUUUCGGAGCAUUUCCAUUGGCCAUGAUAGUUGCCUGGAUUUACAUUAUCCUCACAAUGGUUGCCGAAUGUGCACCCUCCGCGCAAAAAGCAGCUGAUGCGCUUUUCAAAGUUGUCAGUUGGCCUGCACUUUGCAUUCGGAACAUGCUUGACGGAUGCAGGACUGACGUGUUGUACAUCGAUGAAGCACCAAUGUUCUCAUCUGGUUUUACUGUCACUGAUGACUUUUGCAAAUCCGACCUAGUAAAGCAGAAUGCUGCGAUCAGUUUGGCUACCGGCGGACUUGUUCAGAUGGCGAAGACUGGCGCACAAGUUGGGUGGGGAAUUCUUUGGUUCCUGGUAAUGCUUUUCGGAGCAUUUCCAUUGGCCAUGAUAGUUGCCUGGAUUUACAUUAUCCUCACAAUGGUUGCCGAAUGUGCACCCUCCGCGCAAAAAGCAGCUGAUGCGCUUUUCAAAGUUGUCAGUUGGCCUGCACUUUGCAUUCGGAACAUGCUUGACGGAUGCAGGACUGACGUGUUGUACAUCGAUGAAGCACCAAUGUUCUCAUCUGGUUUUACUGUCACUGAUGACUUUUGCAAAUCCGACCUAGGUCAUUCCCUUCUGUGA